UCACACUGUCAAAAUCAAUAUAAUUUAACUGCGUUGUAUUCAGAUUUACAAGAGUGAGAACUAUUGGCAGUGCAUUUGAUUCUACGAAUUUAAGUGUUCGAAAAAAAUGGCGUACCUAAUCCCUAAUUUACGUAGAUGCUUUUGCUUAAACAGCUCAAAUAACAUUAACGUUAUACAGACUGCUGCGUAUCAUGCUAAUGUUAUUGAUCACUAUGAGAAUCCUCGGAAUGUGGGUUCUUUGGAUAAAAAAGAUAAAAAUGUUGGCACCGGUCUCGUUGGCGCUCCUGCAUGUGGAGAUGUAAUGAAACUGCAGAUCAAAGUUGAUGAAGAUGGCAAGAUAAUUGAUGCUAAAUUCAAGACAUUUGGUUGCGGAUCUGCUAUUGCUUCCAGUUCUCUUGCUACUGAAUGGGUUAAAGGCAAAACUGUGGAUGAAGCCCUGAAACUGAAGAACACUGAUAUAGCUAAAGAAUUGUCUCUACCUCCAGUGAAGCUACACUGUUCUAUGCUUGCUGAAGAUGCUAUUAAGGCAGCUCUAUCAGACUACAGGAUUAAACAGCAGAAUCCUCAAAAGGAAUAGAGCGAAUGGGAGGUGAUGGCUAUGGAACAGAUCUGUGAUUGAAAAAAGAAUAUGGUGGAGUUUAUUUAGAAUUGUAGUUUUAGCUACUAAGUGGCAGUUAUUCACAAAGUUAUUAUGUAGUAAAUCUUAUUACAAUUCAAUGCUUUAGGCACAAAGAUAGUUUUAGAACUGUUUUUCUGCAUCUAAAUGACAUAUAAUGCAAUUUGUCUUUGAAAAUUAAAAUUCCAGUAAUAAAUGAAAGUUAUAUAAUCAACUAA